UGAAGUGGAAGGAAAUUCGAUCUUAUCUUAUCUUGAUUUUACUGCACAAGCCGUCCAAAAAGGGUUUAGGGUCAAAAAUAAUUAUGCGACUUGACGAUGAUUAUUGUUUGCAGGUCGCAACGGAAGACCGUCUGGAGAAACAGUUUGAAACCAACACAGAGCGCGCCUUGAUCCAAUCAUGGCAGCCCGUGGCUCAAAGAAGGCUCGGCAGGAGGCCGUUUCUCGCCAGAAACCAGAAGAACUAGGCCAGGACAAUGUCAUGGAUGAAGCAGCUAGUUUUGCCGGCCGCAGCGACGAUGAGAUGCCCGAAAAGGAUAGCACCGAAGCCGAAUUGGAGAAACUCGUCUUUGGAGAUGAGAGCGGCUUUCUUGAAGGGCUGAAAUCUCACCGCGCUGGCGAAUACUCUGAAGAAGAUGAGAGUGUCUCUGGUGCAGGGGAUGAGGAAAGCGGAGCGGAGGAAGCAGGCCUUACCGGUAUAUCUGAUGCAGACUUAUUCUUUAUGGACUCUGGUCCCGACGCGGCACCAAUGGAUGCGAUGGUUCCCGCGGCUGGAAAAUCAAUUGCUGAACAAGGUGGAGACGACCAACAAGAACAAGCUGCAUGGGAGGACAGUGACGACGAGAAAAUGGCAAUCUCUCUCGCAUCAAAUCCGCGCCUGCGGAAGCUCAGAGUCGCCGAGGCGGAAGACGUUGUGAACGGCAAAGAAUAUAUACGACGCCUACGCCAGCAAUUCGAGCGCCUCUACCCGGUGCCCGAAUGGGCCAAUCCGUCCGCGGCGACCAAGAAACCUGCACGAAAGAAGCGCCGCCGAAACUCUGGCGCAGCGGAAUCAUCGGGCGAGGAGACUUCAGACGAGGACAUGGAUGUGGACGAGGAGCUCUCGCAGCAGCCUUUGGCCGACUUGUUGCGCAAUGCAGACAGUCUCGUCCGCGGCACGGACAGCGUAAAUGGCAAACGCGGCAAGCUACGACCUGAAGUGCUCGACAUUCAGCGUACCAAGGACGUUGGCGGCACGCAGCCUUCCGCAAUUACCUCUCUCGAGUUCCACCCGAAAUACCCUCUUCUCCUCUCCUCUGGACCCGCCUCCACCAUCUUUUUGCACCAAAUCUCCCCUGUCCCACCGAACCCCAACCCGCUCAUCACCUCUUUCCACCUCCGCCGUACUCCACUCAGCAGCACGUCAUUCAGCCCCACGACAGGAUCACGCAUCUUCCUGUCCGGCCGCCGACGCUACUUCCACGUAUGGGACUUAUCCUCUGGCCGCAUCGAAAAGGUCUCGCGCAUCUACGGACACCAAGAGGAGCAAAAAUCCAUGGAGCGCUUCAAGUUGUCCCCUUGCGGACGAUACAUGGGUCUCGUCGGCUCCGCCCGCAAAGGCGGUGGCUACAUUAACAUUCUCGACGCCCAGACCCUGCAAUGGAUCGCCCAAGCCCGCAUCGAGGGACGCGGCGGCAUUGCCGAUUUCGCCUGGUGGGCCGACGGCGAGGGUCUCGCGGCCGCCAGCAAAGGCGGCGAGGUCUUCGAAUGGAGCAUCCAGCACCGCCGCGUCAUUGCGCGCUGGCGCGACGAAGGCGCUGUCGGCACCACCGUGCUCGCUCUCGGCGGCGCAAACCGCAGCGGCGCCUCGACUGUCCGCCCCGAUGGCGUCGGGCCUGAUCGCUGGGUCGCGAUCGGAAGUUCGAGCGGUAUCGUGAAUAUAUAUGACCGCCGGUCCUGGACCAGUAAUGCCGCGGCGGCGGUUGCGGGCGAAAAUGACGCUAAACAUCCUGCGACUGUCAUGACCCCGAAACCCAUUCGCGCGUUUGAACAGCUCACUACCCCCGUCAGCAAUAUUGUCUUUUCGCCAGACUCGCAGCUCUUGGCCAUUAGCAGUCGUUGGAAAAAGGACGCUCUCCGAUUAGUCCACCUCCCAUCCUGCACCGUCUACCGCAACUGGCCCACGUCCGCGACGCCCCUGGGCCGCAUCACAUCUGUCGCCUUCUCCCCUGACGGCGGCAUGCUCGCCGUGGCCAACGAGGCGGGCAAGAUUCGAUUAUGGGAAAUUCGGGCUUAGUCUUUUCCCUCCUUAUCUUUCCUUUUUCCCUUUUCUCGUCGUCUUUCCUUCCCUUGUCUUCCCUUCCUCUUGUCUUCCCUGUCUGCUUGGUAGGGGG